AUGUCCUCACAACCAAAUCGAGGACGUCCUGUCCGCCCACAACCUCCAACCACUGCUCCACCCAUGAUACAAGCGCAACAACCUCAGUCGUACUUCACUCCGAACCCCUACGGUCCUCACCCGACUCAGCUUCAACAGCCUUUUCAACCACCUCCGGGCCCUCCACCACAGCAACUGCUCGCGCCGCAACCGCAACCACCACCUCAAGCGAGCUCUCCUCCAUCACGAAAGCGCAAGGCUCCUGGUUCGGCGCCGCUGGCGGCCAUGCCACCAAUGCCCUCGACAAGCCUAGGCGAGCCAAAUGAUGGUGGACAGCAGGUCGAGGAAGCCAACGAGGCGUCUUCAUCGAUGCCGCCGCCGAAGAAGAGCAGGACCAAUACACCGUGGACUCCGGCAGAGGAGCAGCGACUGAAGAUCAUGAGGGAUGCUGGGAACAGCUGGGGCGAGAUCGCAAAGACCUUCCCGAAUAGGACCGAAGGAAGCGUCAAGAAGCAUUGGUAUAAGGACAUGCACUAUGCCGACUUUGCGGAGGAUGAUAGCGCGGCUUUACUGGCAGCCAUCAAGGAAUACGAGGCAAGCAAGUGGAAGGCCAUCGGGCAGAAGGUCGGGAAGCCAGCGAAGGCAUGCGAGCAGUAUGCGAAGGAGCAUUUCGGAAACAAGGUCUGA